UAUUGCGUCGCGGACACUACAAGUGAGCGAGCGAGAGAGGGAGAGAGAGAAGAGCAAUUUUUUUUGUUUCUCAGUGCUAUCAAUGAAACAAAUGAACGACCCGUGCCAUUGUGACAGUCUCGUCUCCAAUAAGUGAAGAGGGCGUGCCACCUGUGACAAAAAGACGAACUACAGCAAUCCUAUUCAAGAGUCCGGCGUCUCAGUUAUAGGGUGAAAAGUCCACUUUUUUUUUACUACCCUCAGUGACUUUCGCAACUGGUUGGCUAUUCCCGAUCUUCUAUAAAUGAAUUCACACCCGAUAUAGACAUCACCAAAAUCAAGUCUUCAACCCCCGUAUCUAAGCCCUUCCAUUCCUCAAAGGCAACAAUACCAGCGUGUCCCUGCUCUGUGUGUGUGUGUGUGUGUGUGUGUGUCUGUGUGUGUGUGUGUGUGUGCGUGAGCGCGUUUGCAAAUAUGCUGUAGUGAAUACCAGUGCCAGACAGCAUCACCUCUGAGCGAGAGAGAGAGAGAGAGAGAGAGAGAGAGAGAGAGAGAGAGAGAGAUGAGCAUGAGACACAUUGGACGGUCCUCGUCGAUCAUGCGGGCUCCGUCCUCCACGUGCGCGUGGCCGUUGCCCUGGCUCCUGCUGCUGCUGCUCUCCUACCGGGCCGGCGCGGCGACGGGCAAACUCUUCAGGACCCCCCUUGAGGGGGACAUCACCCCCCGCCUCACCAUCACCACCAGCGGCCUGGAGGGCUGCCGGAGGUUCCAGUCGCCCGCGGCGGUGGACUACGGCUCCCUGCUGCUGGAGGCGGGCGGCGGGCGUCUCUACGUCGGGGCCCGCGGCGGUGCCUUCUCCCUGGACGCACGCGACAUCUCGGCCAACACCACGCUCGCAAUUCAGUGGGAGACGUCCCAAGAGAAAAAGCAGCAGUGUCUGGCCAAAGGACGAGACAAUAAGACCGAGUGCUUUAAUCACAUCCGCUUCCUCCAGAGGUUUAAUUCCACUCAUCUUUACAUGUGUGGAACCUACGCCUUCAGCCCCCUCUGCGUCUACGUCGAGGAGGAGCCCUUUGUGAUGUCAUCCCAGCCCGAGGAGGGCAAGGAGAAGUGUCCUUACGGCCCGGCCACGGGCUACACCGGCCUCAUCGUAGAGCAGCAGAUGUACUCGGCCGCCCGCUACGAGUUCCGCAGCUUCCCGGACCUGCGGCUCAACGGACCCCCGCUGACGCUGAAGACGGAGGACGCCCCGAUCCGCUGGCUCAACGACGCGGACUUCGUGGGGUCGGCGUUGGUCAGGGAGAGCGUGGACAGCUUCGAGGGCGACGACGACAAGAUCUACUUCUUCUUCACGGAGGGCAGCGAGGAGCAGACCGGAGGCAUCGCUCACGGCAGGGUGGCCCGCGUGGCCCGCAUCUGCAAGGGGGACAGGGGGGGUCUUCUGACGCUGCAGAAGCGCUGGACCACCUUCCUGAAGGCGCGGCUGGUGUGCUCACAGCCCGAGUACGACUUCCACUUUAACGUGCUGCGCAGCGUCUUCGUGCUGCGGGGAGCCCGGCCCAGGGACACCGUCUUCUACGGCAUCUUCGGCCUGGACUGGAGGAAUGUGAAGGCCUCUGCAGUGUGUCGGUUCUCGCUGUCUGAUGUGCAGCAAGCCUUCCAGGGUCCCUACAUGGAGAGCCAGAACUCAGGCUCCAAGUGGACCGAAUACACUGGGAAGGUCCCUCAGCCUCGACCUGGAACCUGUAUGACAGACGAACUGAGGGCCAGGGACAUUGCUCUGUCCACAUCCCUGCCCGACGACGUGCUGGACUUUGUCAGGAGGCACCCUCUGAUGGCCAGACAGGUGCAGCCCCUGGACAGACACCCCCUGGUGUACGGGAGGACCACGGACUACACCCACAUGGCUGUGGACGCCGUCCUGGGCCUGGACGGACAAACCUAUCACGUGUUAUUCAUGGGGACAGACGACGGGCGGCUGCACCGGGCGGUGAGCGUGGACGACCACCUCCACAUCAUCGAGGAGCUGCAGCUGUUUGAGGCUCCGCAGCCCAUCAGCAGCCUGGUCAUCUCACCUGCACAGAUGAGUGUGUACGUGGGCUCUCCGUCGGGCGUGGUGCAGCUGCCCCUCUCCACCUGCCACCGCUACGCCUCCUGCUAUGACUGUGUGUUCGCGCGGGACCCUUACUGUGGCUGGAACUCCUCCCAGUGUGUCCCCAUACUGUCACAGGCUGACAGGUCGGCGUUAAUUCAGGACAUCCAGAAGGGAAACAGAGGAUGUGAGAACACUUCCAGAGAAGAUCUGCCGUUGCCGCGACGCCGCUCGUUCACCGCCGGCGACGACGUGCUGCUGCAGUGCGAGCUGACCUCCAACCUGGCCACGCCCCUGUGGACGCGGGACGGCGCCCGGCUCACCGGCUACGGCCUGGACUCGGGCAUCCGCAUCGGCACCGACGGCCUGCUCAUCAUCAAGGCGCCGUCCGACCAGCGAGGCCUCUACACCUGCCACGGCCGGGAGAACGGCGUCGUGGUCGCCAUGGUGUCCUACAACGUCACCGUCCGCCUGGACGCCACGCCCCCGCCGCCGCCGCCGCCGCGGCCGAAACUCCGCGCUCGGCUGCCAUUCGACGUCGCCGACGAACCACCGGAGGAGGAGGAGAAGGAACGCAAAGCGGCGGCGGCGGCCCCCGAGGAGAACCACGUCCCUCGUAGCUUCGACCGGGGGGUGCUGGGGGCGGAGCCGCCCCCGCCCGCCGCCGCCGAGGGCCCCCUCCUCCCCCACUCGGAGCUGCUCUCGCCCCGCAACAUGAAGGCCAUGUACCUUUCUCUGAUCACCAUCCUGGGGGGGCUGUGCGUGGUGCUCAGCGUGGUGCUGCUCUACGUGGGCUUCUGCCUGCGCGCGGGCAGCCGGGGCCACUACUCGCUGCGGGCCGCCGCCUCGGUGCACAGCUACGGCAAGAGGAAGGGCGGCAAGGGCGGCGGCCGGCAGCACCGCAACUCCUCGUCCUCCCAACUGGAGCUGAAGACCGUCUCCAGCCACUGCAACGGGCACGGCGGCGUCCUGCACGGCGGCGGCGGCGGCGGCGGCGGCGAGGCCGGGAAGACGCACGAGGGCUACGACGGCCGCGAGGUUGGGCUCCUGCAGAUCGUGCCCGGCGAGGGCCACACUCUGGCCAACCACGUCGGGGGCCGUGGGGGCCGCCCGCCAGCCGCUCCCCCGCUGCCCUCGCCGUCUUCCUCGCUGUCGUCGCAGCAUCAGCAGCAGCGGCAGCAGCAGACGCCGCCGUCGCCCGAGCACGAGUUGAGCAGCGGGCUGUCGGCCACGCUGCCCAGCGUGCUGCGGCGGAUGAACGGGAACAGCUACGUGCUGCUGCGGCAGAGCGACGCCGAGGCGCCGGUCGCCAACGGCUACGCCUUCAACGACGAGCUCAGCAAGAGGCUGGAGAAGAGGAAACACACGCAGCUGCUGCAGCCGCGGCCCGACGAGAGCUCGGUGUAGCCCGCAGGGGGCCCCCCCCUCUCUGACGGGAGGACUCAAGUUUUUUUUACCUUGCGUUUCGUUCGUUACCGGCUGCUCUGUUACCAUGUCGUAUGAUUUUUGUCCUUUUUUUUGGGGGGCCGAAUGUUGUUUUUUUUACGAAAAGAUGGACGGUUUCACGUCCCCCUUCCCGAUAUUGACGUUUGCGACGUUUGUCUUAAUUCCGAGAUACCCGAUCGAAGGAGCAAAAAAGUGAAAGUGACACUCAUGGUGGAGUAAAGGAGGAGCGACACCUUGAGCAUGGGGAGGGGGGCGGGGGGCUGGCAGGAUCAUUGUCUACCUCAACUGGGUCCUCCGGUGAAGGCCCUCUGAGCCCGGUUAACAGCCUCUCCCAUGGGGGAGUCACCCAGGGGUCACUCACAGCCCUCGCGGCUGGAGGAGGAGCCCCGCCGGUGGGUAGAACAUGAGGACCUCUACCGAGGGCCUGGGAUAAGAUAAUAGACCCAUGAUACCGAUGGAGGUAAAAACACAGAUGGGCAGCUAGCCAGUGUUUGUUGGCAUGUGCAAUGGAUAGUGCACGACAAACAGAUGGCCUAUCCAUGAUUAAAAGCCUAUAUUAUGUAAACAUGAAUAAAUCAGCAUUUUUGGUGAAAUGGACAUGACAGGCGAGGGAAUGGUGAAUCAGAGACCGUUUCUCUAUUUUUUUUGUACUAACCACAAUAACCAACAAAGAAAGUGCAUUGUGUGUACCAGGGCCAUCCUGGAGGGAAUAUGACAGUAUUAUCGACUUUGGUGCUCUAUAAAAAACUGUUGGCGUGCUUCGGACGAAAAAAGAAGAAGAAAAGAAACGGAUGAGUAACGGUGUGCAACAUAAACCAACGAGGCUCUGGAGGAAGCGCGGGGAGGGGAGUGAGUUAACAAGGCGGCCGUGUGGGUGAAGAGCAACAUACAUGAUGGACAGCAUGCGUGUGGAAUCCAUACCUCCCUAUAUGGAGCUGCCUUCACUCGGUGAAGACAGUGCGUGGUCCGCUCUGUGGUUCCCCCGGGUUACCGGCUCGGCCCGCUGAACGAGCCCCCCCGCCCCGGACCACGUACGACGGCCAGACCCCCGGGCCAGGACCCAGCAGAACCGAGCCAAGGUAUUUUGGUUCCAUCGGCAAAGGCCCAGAUUGAAGCCCUCUUCAGGUUUGCGUUCCGUCCAACGUGACUUCCACAGCCGGCGGGCAGACUGUGAGCGGAUGGGUAGAAAGAUGCGGAGGAGAUCCGUCCCCGGUCCCGUCCCCAUCAGACGCAGGUCAUACUGGAUCUGGCUGCCCGGCCACCGCGCCGAGGGGAGCCCCCCGGUCCUCCAGGACCUGUCCCGGUUCCGGGGGGGUGUACCCUGGCGGCGGCAUCGCGUGGGGAGGUUCUAUUCCCCUUCGCCUACGCACACCAAUCAGCGGACAACGCGGGGCGGUGGACACGCCCCGGGAGGGCGAGUGGGCCGGCCCACAGGAGGUGUGGCGGGGGGACCCCGGACCUCCUCCUCUGGGACAGGGACGGGGGGGGGGGGGGAGUGGGGAGUGGGGGGGCUACCAGCGUCCAACACCGUCCACCUCGGAGCGGGUAUAGGGCCGGUGUAGCGGGACAAUACUAGUACCGGGUUCUAGAAGGAAACUCAGGACCAUUAGUUCUAUUAAAGGCAGUCUUUACUGCCGUCCCUGACCCCCCCCCCCCCUACUCUCUCCCGCCUUUUGUUCCACGAGCGCUGCUGAGGACACAGAGGACUGGCCUUCUCCCCCGCUGUGGGGAGAGCACUACUACACACAUGAGGGUCUAUAGUCCUUCACUCAUCAAGCUCUCACCCCCACAGCGUUGGCGUUGCCCCCCCCCCCCCCCCCCCCCAUUUGUUUGCAGUCAAAGCCAAGCCACGCCCCCAUCACACCACUAUGUGUAUUUUUAUCUAUAAAUAAUAAUAACGUGGCACAGGGACAUAGAGUGGUAACCGUCUCUGUUUGAACAGGUUUUUCUAAGACCGCUCAUGGUCCACUGCAGAGAUGAGAAUUCAUUGAUGCGGAAAAUGUAAUGGAACUGUGUCCCCACAACUGGAAUGAGAAUGUGACAUUAUUGAGCAAUGUUUUAUUUUUUUAAUUUCCUUUCCAGAGACAAACUGACCAAACCAAAGUGAACAGAUAAUCACCUUGUUAUCCGCUUCUGCAACCCCGGGUGAAAUGUUCCACAACGCUGCUUUUGUUUUUAAUGAAGAAGAAAAGGACCCUUAAUCCAAAUAAACACAAUGACUCACUGACCUAACAUUGGGGCUAAAUGCACUGUUUGCUGAACUUUGUUAUCUAAACACCUGUUAUCUAACAACAACAUUUAUUCGUCAAUGUUUUGUGCUUUUUUGUCUGUUUGUCUUCCAGGUUUCAAAUGAUUCCAUAAAUGUUAUUUAAUUGGCACUCUUGGCACCUUGUUAUAAAUGAUGUGUUUGAAAGAAAAUGAAUCCUAAAAUAUACACUUUACAAGCAUGGUUGCCAAACACAAGGAGAAAUCAUACACCAGCCCAACACAACCUAAUAUGUACUGUAUGUGUUCUGCUAAUAUGCUCAUAGUAUGGGCCUGAUUCACCAAGCAGCCAUUUUAGUUCUAAUCCUUAGUUGGGAGGGGGGGGGGGGACUGAAUGAGAAAUUCUGCAUUCAGUCCCCCCCCCAACCCACAGCUAGAGUUUAGAACCAAGAAUAAACCAAGAUGGCCACUAGGUGAAUAAGGCCCUUACACUUUAGUCCAAACCAGUUCACCUAUGCAGUGUAGCCUAUUCGUUAUUAUGCGGUCACAUGAACCUUUCCUUCACAAAUCAAUUAGUUAAAGUCACUGGUCUCCACCAUAACUGAAUGCAUGUCGCAUCAUAGUUAGGCACACAGUGUGGUCAAUGUGUUGGUUAGUGUUGAGUUUCACCAAUACUGAAAAGACUGGCACAACAUUUCAAAAAUAGUGAUUUUUUUCUGUGUGUUGGUUUUGUUUUUAUAAAUAAAAUAAUUGUUUAGAAAUGUGUUGACUAGCCAA